AUGGCUUCGAAUUCGGCACAAUUGACAAACCUUUCUUGGGUACCUUAUCGACCAUGCUGGCUUCUUCGUUGGCCAAAUGUGACGAUAAUGAUGGAUUGUGCAAUCGAUUAUUCGUCGAUGAGCCAUUUCUUGCCUCAAUGUUACGGAGAAAAUACUCGCUUGAAACAGCUUAACGAUUAUUUUGAUGACGUAAAAUGUUUCAAAUCGAUGACGGUCAACGAUCGAGAAUUUGUUUUCAUCGAUUCGACUCCUGAAGUCCACACAGUACCGAUGAACACGGUGCAAAUGGACUGCGUUGACGCGAUUCUCAUCUCAAAUCCACAAUCACUCGUUGCGUUGCCAUUUUACUGCGAGAACACGAAUUUCAAAGGAGAAAUCUACGCAACAAGCCCCACAAUUCAAUUUGGCCGUCUGUUGAGUGAAGAGCUUAUCGAGUACUUUGAGCGCCUUGCCAAUGAGCCAUCAACUGAAAAUUGGAAAAAACUCAAUUUGAAAAAGGUACUACCACCACCGAUAAGUCGACGGCAGGUUGCUCCUUUGGAAUGGCGACGAUUCUACUCGCUUCAAGAUCUGGAGGCGGCUUUAAAGAGAAUAACCGUUAUUGCAUUUCAAGAAAAAGUGACAGUGCUAGGUGUUGUAAAUGUGACCGCUUACGGGAAUGGUUUUGCGAUCGGAUCAUGUAAUUGGCUUAUUAACAAUGAAUUAGAAAAGGUCGGCUACAUGUCGGCAACAUCGAGUAGAACUUCACAUACACGUCCGGUCGAUUGGGUGGGACUUCGAGGGGCUGAUCGUCUCGUGUUGACUUCACUCGCCACAGCGUAUGAUCCUCCAGAAAAACUUCUCACCUCUCUCCUCACGACGGUUAUUGAAACCCUGCGAGCCGGUGGAAAUGUGUUGAUGCCUAUUUUCCCUACCGGAAUUAUUUUUGACUUCAUAGAUCUCAUUUCAACGCAUAUUGACAAUCACGGAAUCUCACACGAUGUGCCCAUUUAUUUCAUUUCGCCUGUUGCUAAAAAGACGUUGGCCUUCUCAAAUAUUAAUUCGGAAUGGUUGAUCGAAACAAAGCAGGAAAAUGUUUGGAAAGCCGAGGAACCAUUUUAUCACGCGGCUUUGUUGAAAAAUGGUCGCUUGAAAGUCUACGACUCUCUCUAUGGAUCAUUCAGCCAAGAAUACAGAUCGCCAUGCGUUUGCUUUGCAGGACAUCCUUCUUUGCGAAUCGGCGAUGCUGCUCAUCUCUUGGAAAUGUGGGGGAAAUCCAAAAAGAAUGCCGUUAUUCUUACAGAACCCGAUUUUCUACCAGCAGAAGUGUGGCCACCGUUUUCGGACUUGGCAAUUCGUGUGCUCAAUUUCCCGAUUGACACGAGAAUCGAUUUGGUCCAACUCAAUCAAACAAUUCUAAGUGACUUGAAGCCCAAAUCUUUAUGCAUUCCAAGUUUCUACAAUAAAAGGACGGAAACCGGUGCUCAAAUUAUUGGAUUUAGUCCUUAUGCAUCGAUUAGUUAUGAAGAGACGGUGAGCUUGGGUGGAAGAACAACUAAACGAAAACGUGUGAAGAUUCAUCCCGAGUUGAUAAAAUACCUCGAAGUGGCAGGAAAUGAGAAAAGCCAACGAGGGGUCGGCUACGGACAAUUGCGAGGAUUUCUCAAUGCUUUCGAUAACACUUUUGAAAUUAUGCCGGCAAAAAGCAAUCAAACUCUGCGACCAAGGUAUUCGGGAAAAUUGGAUGUCGAAUUGUUAAAAGCUGCACUCGAUGAGAGACAAAUAACUUACACCUGUGAGCAAGAUGACGGAAACCACGUUAUUACUACGGAGAAACCAUCGACGGUGAUCACAAUUUACAAAGAUGGCUUGCGAACGAAUGUCGAGGCAGUGGUGGAUGAAGAGCGAAAUCGGAUAGUUGAUGUACUCGGAAGUUGUUUAAAACCGAUUCCU